AUGUCCAAAGUGGGAGAAGAGGUGUCCACAGCUAUUUCCGAAGAUUUCGGAUUCAAACCUUUGGGAGAAAUCGAGCUUUUACCAGGUUUUAACGAAAAUGUACCCUUCUCAAAGCUGCAGAAUUUGGCCGUUUCCAAUCGUACGGGGCUGUACGUGGCUGCAGCCAGUGGGUGUGUCGUUCUAGGUGAAUUGAAGACUCUUAGAGACCAGGUUUUAGAUAAGACAAACGAGACGAAACCGCUGCAAUUUAUAUCUAAGGAAUCUAUGGAUAACGUCGUGUUCGUGGGAUUUCACGGCUUAGAAGACUCAAACGUACUGUGCGUGACUAAAAAUGGCAGUUUCCACAGCUUUGACAUAGCUAAAAAAGAGUGGUCCCAAAGAUCUACCGAGAUCACAGAUUUCAGCGCAACAGAGGUGAUGAAAGUCCAACAGCUCAACAACACUGCCAAUUCAUUUCUCGUUUUAUCCAACCAUAACAAGGUUUACAACGUCGCAAUGACCGGUGGCGCUAAAUGCGUGGCUGAAAACGCCUGUGACUUCGAUGUUGGGGCGGAUAAUUGUGCGUUUUUGUUGCUCGACGGCACCCUGGAGAUGCGCACCGGGGGCGGAGAAUCUCUCGAAAAAGAAUUCAAGCUGCCACAAGAGAUUUCUAACGAAUUGAACGACAGCCUUCGACCACUGUCCAUAUUGAGCCUGCGUGGCACUGAUUCUGUCGUGGUACUGGGCAACGAGGUCGCGGAAACCGACGAGGAUGUAGAGUACGAUCAAAAAGUCUACGUGGUUCACGAAAACGAGCACGGCCACGUCGAGUUCCAUGAAAGCUACGACAUUGCACCUGCCUUCGGAAACGUCCUUAGAAACCCAAAUUACUACAAAUGCAUCUUAAAUGACUUGAUGACGUCCGUUCCUCACCUUUACAUCAUUGCCUCGGCCACGUCACCAGAAGUCACAAUUCUUGACGAGAAAGAAGUGCUCCAGCCCAGUCAGGAUAGCGAUCGUGCAGUUCUGCCCAUAAAUAAGGAAACCGAUAACGACACAAAUCCUAUCGGACUGGCAAUUGAUCUGACCGCAGCUGAGCAAAUUCCGGAACCUUGUCAGGGCGUUGACUUUGCUACCGACUUGCCAUUGGCUCUAGUGCUUAACAAUGAGGGCCAUCUGUCAGUUUUUGCAUUAUUUCACAGCUCAGGAAUCAAGGACAACAAGUUCUCCACCAAAACCUGUUUAGAAAGCUUGAAAAAAUCCUACGAGUUAAAUCAGCAAUCAUCAGCCCAGGUCGAGCUAGGCAAAGGUCCUGGUAGUGACUCAUCACUGGGCACAAGCCUAAACUCGCCUCCUAGUGACAGCAAAAGCACCAGUGAAAAAUCUGAAAGCAAGCCGCUGUUGCCUCACAAUGUCUCAUCGGAUACUAAACCUGCAUUUUUUUCCCCAGCUACCACCAGCUCUGCUGGACAGAAUGUGUUCGGCCAAUCGCCGUUUGGAUUCAAACCCACAACGUCUGGACAAGGUAGUUCUGAGAACUCGCCCUUCGGAUUCGCUUCAACAAAUCUUAAUAAUGGCUCAUCCUUUGGGUUUGGUUCUACGAAUAAUAGCAAGUCAUCUUCCGCCUUCGGCAAGCCUAACUUCGGGUUUGGCGAGAAGGCAACUUCAGCGUUUGGUAAACCUGAAUUCUCCUCGUGGCAAAACCAAGGCAGUACCAAUAACUCGUUGACUCAAAAAGCACAAGACAAUAUUUCGAACCCUACCUCUACCCCAUCAGUUUUUGGAAAGCCCGAGUUUGCUUCUGCUGAGUUGAAAAAAGGUCCUUUCGGUGUGCCUGAGGCGGUGGCAAAGCCAGUUACUCAAGGAAGCUCAGAUAAGGGUGUUUUUGGCAAACCACAGUUUGCCGUGCCAGCUGCUGGAAGUUCACCAUUUGGAAACUUUUCGACAAAGGCAGGUGAGGCCAGCAGUCUUUCGACUGAUAAGAAACUACUCGGAGGUGGCGGCUUUGCCUCAUUCGCAACGCCAGGAUCUCCGUUUGCCAAUGUUGGCAAGACUUCUUCUCCAUUCGGUGAUAUCUCCUUCCCACCUAACUCAGCUGCGUCCCCUUUCGCGAAACCAAAGGAUAAGUUAGAUGAACAUUACCAGACUUCAAGCCCUUUCUCAUCGUUUCAGAAUAUGACACCUGCGGCGACUUCCUCAAAACAAAAAGCCGAGAAGGUUGUGGGCAUAGUGGAAUCGGAUGGUAAGACAGAAACGGAUGGUGAGAACAAGAGUAAUUCUGAUGACAGUGAAACUAAUCAGUCUUCCAAUUCAGACGAAGAGAGUCCUAGCGAAAGCGAAAACUUGGUGUCAGAAGAACUCGACUCUAAUUCCAUAGCAACUGCUACAUCGGAUAGCAAUCUGGGAGACUCUAGCAAUGAGGAUAAGAAAUCCUCUAAUAGCGAGCCACUGUUAGAUUUUAGCUCUUUGGCAGAAAGGAUCAAAAAGGUCGCUAACAAUGACGUAGAAUCAGGCCUCGAUCAUAUACCAUCAACUUCCCCAAGGCCGGUGGAUAAAAAUGAAGCAUCCAAUUCAGUUUUUUCAAAAUACACAGAUACUCUGAGCAAAGGUACACCUCCUGCAUUCUCCUUUGCAAACCUUGCAAAGCAAAUGCCUAAAUUCGGUGAUAAUGCUUUCACAUCGUCUGCAAACAUUGAUAAAAGUGAGAAUGAAGUGUCAAACAAGAUAGAGCCAAAAACCUUAGAGGGCAAAGGCCAUCUUGGACGUGGCUCUGCGUCUCGCGACUUGGACAAUGAAGUUGAUGACCUGUCUACUAGCAAGAUCAAUGAGGUUUCAUCGGAAUUCGAAGCUGCUGAAGGACAGGGUGCUGAUGGAACAAAAGAUUCUUUUGACAGCGAUGAAGACGAUGAUGAAAAUAAUUCAGAGCUUUCUCAUCAAAAGUUUAUCCCUGAAGCAGCCACAAGCGAAACAGUUGCAAUUACCCACGAGCUCGACAGCGAGGGGCCUUCGCCUUCGCGAGAGGACACCAAAGAGGAUUCUGACAUGGCUUUUAAUGAUGAUUCGCUUAUCAAUGUUUCAGAUGGAGGGCUUCCCACUAAGAAGUCCGGUGAUUCUACUGAGAACGAGUCAUUUGAUGAACUGGACGAUUUGAAAGAAGAGUUGGAUCAGAUUAAAACUGGAAAGGAGCAAUUGAGCAGUGCUGUUCCCAAACAUGUUCCCAUUGAGCCACAAUCGGCCACCAUCAACAAGAGCUAUCAGACUCAGGAAAUUGAAACGUCAAGCAAUGGAACGCAGACAUGUCCAUUAGUUGAAGAUGCUGUUGUAGUGACAGAUUCAAUUGAGACGAAAGAGUUUGAGGUACAAAGCUUUGAAGAUGACGAAGUGUAUCUAGCAGAGCAACACAAACCAGCAGCUUUGGCAGCUUUCUACACGGGAGCCAAAUUAUCUUCAAAGCAAGCUGAGCACCCAAAUCAAACUCUGAAUAGAAUUGAGGUCACUUUCAAUGUCGUUUCCGCAGAAAUUGAUGUUCUUGAGACAAAUUUGAAGAAUAUCAGAUCUUUCUUAAGCGACCAAAGCUCCAAACCCUUUUCCAGAACUCAGGAUUCCUUGCAUCAAAUUUACACAUGGCGUUUGGAAGAGGCUGAAGAUCUCAAUUCUAUCGUUGAUGAAAUGAGAGCCGAUGUUAAAACUAGUGUCGAAGAUGUUUCCACCCUCUUCUCUAAAACCCAAGAAUUGUUACGUGUGGACCUGACAGAUCUAGAGGAGUCUCGGUUUUCAGCUAGAACCCAGUUUGAACAGCUACAAGCGCUCUAUAAGGAAAACAAAUGGGUAGAGGGGGGACUAACGCUACAUCAAACGCAGAUCCAACGCCGUUUAAGAAAUAAGAUGUCGGUUGCACAAAGGCGAAUUGAGAGCAUUGAGGACAUUUUACGACUACUGAAGUCGUAUUUUUCGACAGAUGACAUAACUAAAGCACCUAUGGUGACGAAAAUUAUUCAUGAGAGCCUGCAAAGGAAUGAUUUGCUGGACGCUAUAAGGUCGUUACGAAAGGAAGUGGCAGAACUGAAGAUUAAAGAUCGUAAUAUCUCUGAGCUUUCAGAGUCAGAUCGUGCUUUACAGACUGCCCCCAUUAGCGAAUUAAAGAUGAAGCUUGAUACCAAAAGACAAAUGGGCGCGCUCUUCGCAAAAAAGAGUGUGGAGUAA